GUAAGACACCAGAUUGGUAAUUGCCGAAUUGACUAGCUAGGUAGAGUCGAGACGUCGUACGUGAAAUUAGAAAUAAACAUAAUUAUAAAUUAUUAGUAAUUAUUAGUCCAUCGAACCAACCAGAUCCUGAGAUGGCUUCUUCGAGCGGUGGUGUGCCUCCAGGAUUUCGAUUCCACCCUACUGACGAGGAGCUUCUUCACUAUUACUUGAAGAAGAAGGUCUCCUUUCAGAAAAUUGAUAUGGAGGUCAUUCGAGAGGUCGAUUUGAACAAGAUGGAACCUUGGGAUUUACAAGAUAGAUGCAGAAUAGGAUCGACACCGCAGAACGAAUGGUACUUCUUCAGCCACAAGGACAGGAAGUAUCCAACUGGGUCUCGGACGAACAGGGCGACCAACGCUGGGUUUUGGAAGGCCACAGGAAGAGACAAGUGCAUUCGCAACGCCUUCAAGAAGAUUGGUAUGCGUAAAACCUUGGUUUUCUACCGAGGAAGAGCUCCUCACGGCCAGAAGAGCGACUGGAUAAUGCACGAGUAUCGGCUAGAAGAGCAAGACAACCAGCCUGAUCACCAUGAGGAUGGUUGGGUGGUGUGCAGGGUGUUCAAGAAGAAAAACCUAUUCAAACUCUCAUCAUCAUCCUCUACUACUACUAAUAAUCAUAAUCAUAAUACUAUUAACAAUAAUUCUCAUCAUCUUAAUAUUAACAAUGAAUUAGGCACUUCACCCACUACUACUACUACUGCCAAUAUGAUGAUGAUGAUCAACUCAUCCUCAUCCAAUAAUUUAUCAUCAUCAGAUCAUCAUCAUCAUCAUCAACACAACCUGAUGAACCACAAUAACAGCAUGACCAAUAAUAACGCAUUCAAUAUCCGAUCAGAUCACAACAACCAGCAGUACUACCAAAUGCUUCGCCAACCUCAACAUCAGGAAAGUACCACUGAACUCCCACAUCUUAAUUUGAUGAUGCAACAUCAGCAACAACAGAACGUGGCUCUUCAUCACAACAACACUACUUACCCGGACUCACUACAAUAG